AUGGGGACUGGCAUAAGGGAGCGAGGCGGCAGCAAUGGACCAGCCAAUCAUGGCCAUCGCCUCCGCCGCAGUAAGGGAAGAAGCGAGGCGGGGCGGCCUCGGUACCGCCUUCCUUCCCUGCCCUCCCACCUCCACAACAACGUUCCCCUCGCCGAGCUCCGCCCCAAGUCCCACCUCUCUCUAAUCCCGGGCUCUGGCGCCCCUCCGCUUCUCCCUACCUUCACGUCUGCACCUGCCGUCCUUUCUUCCCGAUCGAAACCAAGCCGGAAGGCAUCUUUUGAAAGAGAAGGAUGGUGGAGAAUAGCAUUAACAAACACUCCUAAUCCUGGCACUUACCACUUGAAAACUUUUAUUGAAGAAUCUCUAUUAAAUCCAGUGGUAGCAACAUACAGUUUUAAAAAUGAAGGAAGGAAAAAACCACCUCUUCUGCAAAGAAACGAUCUGGUACUAAAUGACCUUCCCCAGUACAUGCCUCCUGACUUCUUGGACUUGUUAAAGAAGCAAGUGGCCACCUACUCGUUUAAAGACAAACCACGGUCAAACCCCAGCACGCUGGUUUACAGAGAUCAGUCAGUUCAGCUUUCGCCAGGACAAUACGAGCUACUUCCUGCACCAGUUCCCAAGCAUGCUUCCAGGAGCUUUGUAUUUCGUUCUACAGUUCAAAGGUUUCCAACAGGCUGCUUCACUCCUCGUGAAGGCCCAGGACCAGGUCAUUAUAACUUGAAAAUACCUUCAGUAAGUUCUGUUACAUCCUGUUUUCAAUCCAGAGUACCUCGAUUCUUGCCUGUCUGUUCAAAAACGCCAGGCCCAGGAGCAUACACAUCUUCAGCCCAAUUCCCCAAGCAGCCCCGGACCGUAGCCAAAAUGGGCCGAGAACAUAGCCUUUUCUUCAACAACAAUUGGCUUUUAAAAUAA